AUCUGUCAAUUGACACAUGUUUGACACAUAUUCUAUUUUCAACAGUUCAACCAAUCAAAAUCCGCCGACUGGAAAAUAACUAACCACCACUAACCUCUCGAAGAAAAAUUUUAUAGAUGUGUGUGUGCGUGUCAUGAUUUUGUUUGGUGGUUGAUGGUUGUCAAAAAUGGUUCAAGCCGGUUCGAAAAAAUCAUCUGUUUCAAAAAUAAACACCAAAGCUGGAAUAAGUAGCCUGAUAAUUUUCGUAGUCCUCCUUUUAGCAUGGAUUGCAGGGUUUUCUUCUCGACUAUUCGCAGUCAUCAGAUUCGAAAGUAUCAUUCAUGAAUUCGAUCCUUGGUUUAAUUACAGAGCAACUGCUUAUAUGGUAAAACAUGGAUUUUAUAAUUUCUUGAACUGGUUUGAUGAGAGAGCAUGGUAUCCCUUAGGAAGGAUCGUAGGGGGUACUGUAUACCCUGGUUUGAUGUUAACAUCAGGCAGUAUCCACUAUAUUUUGCAUCUAUUGCAUAUAAAUGUACAUAUUCGUGAUGUGUGUGUAUUUUUAGCACCAGUGUUUAGUGGGCUCACAGCUAUAUCAACGUAUUUCUUAACGAAGGAAUUAUGGUCAGCAGGAGCUGGACUAUUUGCAGCUUGUUUUAUUGCCAUCGUGCCUGGUUAUAUCAGCCGUUCAGUGGCGGGUAGUUACGACAAUGAAGGAAUCGCCAUUUUUGCCUUACAAUUCACUUAUUUUCUGUGGAUCAAAUCCGUCAAAACUGGUUCCGUUUUUUGGGCAGUCGCCGCCUCACUAUCGUACUUUUAUAUGGUUUCUGCAUGGGGUGGCUAUGUUUUCAUUAUAAACUUGAUACCACUUCAUGUGUUUGUCUUAUUAUUAAUGGGCAGAUAUUCAAAUAGACUCUUUACCAGUUAUACAACGUUUUAUAUACUGGGUUUGAUUUUCUCCAUGCAAAUUCCUUUUGUCGGUUUUCAACCUAUUCGAACUAGCGAACACAUGGCUGCAGGAGGUGUAUUUGCGCUAUUGUUUGCCGUAGGCGUAUUGAAGUAUAUGCAAUCGAUGAUGUCAAAAUCUGAAUUUAAAUCUUUAGUCGUAUUCGGUGGACUAAUAUCCGCAGCUGUGGUAUUUUUAGGUGUAGUUUUACUUACUUAUGCCGGUUACGUUGCCCCUUGGAGCGGUAGAUUUUAUUCCUUAUGGGAUACAGGGUAUGCCAAAAUUCAUAUUCCCAUUAUUGCUUCUGUAUCGGAACAUCAACCGACGACUUGGUUUUCGUUCUUUUUCGACUUGCAUAUUUUAGUUGCGACUUUCCCGGCCGGUUUGUGGUAUACCAUCAAAAAUAUAAACGAUGAAAGAGUUUUCGUUGUGUUAUACGCGUUGAGCGCUGUCUAUUUCGCCGGUGUCAUGGUUCGACUCAUGCUUACGUUGACGCCUGUCGUUUGUAUUCUGAGUGGAAUCGCCUUUUCUGGAUUGCUGGAACUGUUUUUAAGAGAAGAUGACAGCAGUCGCGGUGAAGAUAGCGAGGAAGAAGAACAAAGCACGCCGAGCAAGAGACUUUAUGAUAAAGCUGGCAAGGUUCCAAAAAUGAAACACGAACAAUCUCGCGACACCGACAACAUAGGACCGAAUCUAAGGAGCAUAGUAACAGUAGUGAUUUUGCUAUUGCUCAUGUUGUUUGCCGUGCAUUGUACUUGGGUGACGAGCAACGCUUAUUCCAGCCCGAGCAUAGUUUUAGCUUCGUACGGCAGCGACGGAACGAGACAAAUCUUGGACGAUUUUAGAGAAGCGUACUUCUGGCUGUCUCAAAACACCGCAGACGACGCUAGAAUAAUGAGCUGGUGGGACUACGGGUAUCAAAUAGCCGGAAUGGCCAAUCGAACUACUCUAGUCGAUAAUAAUACUUGGAAUAAUAGUCACAUCGCAUUGGUAGGCAAAGCCAUGUCCUCCAACGAGUCCGCCGCGUACGAAAUCAUGACGGCUCUAGAUGUCGACUACGUUUUAGUUAUAUUCGGCGGUGUUAUCGGGUAUUCGGGCGAUGACAUUAAUAAAUUCCUUUGGAUGGUUAGAAUUGCAGAAGGAGAGCAUCCGAAAGACAUUAGGGAAAGCGAUUACUUCACCGAGCACGGCGAAUUCAGGGUGGACGCCGAAGGUUCGCCGACGUUGUUGAAUUGUUUAAUGUACAAAUUGAGUUACUAUCGUUUCGGCGAACUCAAAUUGGAUUAUAGGAGUCCGGCGGGAUUCGAUCGUACAAGAAAUGCUGUAAUUGGACAUAAAGAUUUCCAAUUGACGUAUUUAGAAGAAGCGUAUACGACCGAACAUUGGUUAGUGAGAGUGUACAGAGUUAAAAAGCCAGAUGAAUUCAAUAGACCCAGAAUUCCUAUUGCGAAUAGAAUUGUUAAAUCUAGUAAUUACAUUACUAAAAAGAAUAUUAAGCGCAAAAAGGGAACCAUAAAAAACAAACCGUUAGUUGUAAAAGGUAAGAGACUGUCUUCAAAACAAUGAGUUGAAGUAAAAAAAAAUCUUAAAUCAUUAGUUGUAUAAAUUAGAUUUUGUUGUUGGUUAUUGUUUUUUAUUUUCUAUUUAUUAAAAUAUUCAUUUACACUUAAA